AUCUCUCUGCCCUAUUCACCUCACACUGCUGUAUUUUGUCCAGGUGGAGUAAAGCCUGAGGGCCAUGGAGAUGAUCAUGAAAUGGUCAACAUGGAAUUUACCUGUGACCAUUGCCAGGGUUUGAUCAUAGGCCGGAGAAUGAAUUGCAAUGUUUGCGAUGACUUUGAUCUUUGCUAUGGAUGCUAUGCAGCAAAGAAGUAUUCCUAUGGUCAUUUGCCUACCCACAGCAUCACAGCCCACCCCAUGGUAACCAUCCGGAUCAGUGAUCGGCAGAGGCUCAUCCAGCCCUACAUCCACAAUUAUUCCUGGCUGCUCUUUGCUGCCCUGGCUCUCUAUAGUGCCCACGUGGCCAGCACAGAUGACAUCGAUGGGGAGAAGGUCAAUCCCCAGGCCCGCAGCAGUGCUGCCACCCUGCGGAGCCAGUGCAUGCAGCUCGUCGGAGACUGUCUGAUGAAAGCUCACCAGGGCAAAGGUCUUAAAGCUUUAGCUCUUCUUGGUAUAUUGCCAGAUGGUGACUCUACCCCAGAACACCAGACCCUGCCAGUCACAGUGCCCAUGCCAACAUCAGAGAAGCAGCUAGAGAAGAAAGCCAUCCAACUCGCUGAGCAGCCAGCAGAGGCUGGGCCAGUAGUACACUGCCACGGAAAGAAAGCUGUAGACAAGGAAAUCAGACCUUUGGAUUACAAGGAAAGAAAGAAGGCAGAUGAAGGUCUCUUACUAAUGAAGGAUCCUUCAUGUCAGACCCAAAUUCCAGAUGUAUCUGCAGAUGCUCACACGCCUCCUGGAUAUCCAGAUACUGAAAACUUAGAAGUGUUGUCUCAGAAGCCAAUAGAGGAAAAGGUGGUUGCUCCAAGCCCUGAGCAAGUGUUUGCAGAGUGCUCCCAGAAGAGGAUUUUGGGACUGUUAGCAGCCAUGCUACCUCCGAUAAAGUCGGGUCCCACAGUCCCCCUGAUAGACCUGGAGCACGUCCUCCCACUCAUGUUUCAGGUUGUCAUCUCCAACGCAGGCCACCUGAAUGAAACCUACCACCUCACCCUGGGUCUUCUUGGCCAGUUAAUCAUCCGUCUUUUACCUGCAGAGGUAGAUGCCGCAGUGAUCAAGGUCCUCUCAGCCAAACACAACCUGUUUGCUACAGGGGACAGUGCCAUUGUGCCAGAUGGCUGGAAGACCACUCACCUGCUCUUCAGCCUAGGAGCUGUGUGCUUAGACAGCCGUGUGGGCUUGGAUUGGGCAUGUUCCAUGGCAGAGAUCCUGCGGUCACUCAACAGUGCCCCACUGUGGCGAGAUGUCAUUGCCACCUUCACAGACUACUGCAUUAAGCAGCUGCCUUUCCAGCUGAAGCACACCAACAUCUUCACCCUGCUGGUGCUGGUCGGCUUCCCCCAGGUCCUCUGUGUGGGAACCUGCUGUGUUUAUGUGGACAAUGCCAAUGAGCCCCAUAACGUGAUCAUCUUGAAGCACUUUACUGAGAAGAACAGGGCUGUAAUUGUUGAUGUCAAAACUCGGAAAAGGAAAACAGUGAAGGACUACCAGCUGGUCCAGAAGGGAAGAAGACAAGAACACAGUAACUCUCAUGCCCAGCUGAGCCAAUACUCCCAGCACUUUGCCUUUAUCGCUAGUCACCUUCUUCAAACCAGCAUGGACAGCCAUUGUCCUGAAGCAGUGGAAGCAACCUGGGUUCUGUCCCUGGCCCUCAAAGGUUUAUAUAAAACCCUAAAGGCUCAUGGUUUUGAAGAGACCCAUGCAAGCUUCCUACAGAUUGAUCUGCUAAAGCUGUUGGUAAAAAAGUGUAGCAAAGGGACUGGCUUCAGCAAGACGUGGCUCCUCAGGGACCUGGAGAUUCUGUCCAUCAUGCUGUACUCCUCAAAAAAGGAGAUCAACACUCUGGCCGAGCAUGGAGACCUUGAGCUGGAUGAGCGAGGAGAACAAGAGGAAGAGGUGGACCGAUCAGUCAGCAACCCAGGGGAAGUGGAGCAAAAAAAGCUAGACCCUCUGGAAGGUCUGGAUGAGCCCACCAGAAUAUGCUUCCUGAUGGCUCACGAUGCCCUCAAUGCCCCUUUGCACAUUCUCCGAGCCAUAUAUGAACUGCAGAUGAAAAAGACCGAUUCUUUCUUCCUAGAGGUUCAAAAGAGGUUUGAUGGAGAUGAGCUCACCACGGAUGAGAGGAUUCGCUCCCUGGCACAGAGGUGGCAGCCCAGUAGGAGUCUGAGACUGGAGGAGCAGAGUGCCAAAGCUGUGGACACAGAUAUGAUCAUCUUGCCAUGCUUGUCUCAGCCUGCACGCUGUGAGCAAGCCAUUGCUGAAUUGAACCCUGUGACCCAGAAGUUGAUCUCCAGCACUGAGAGUGAGCUUCAGCAGAGCUAUGCCAAACAGCGCCGGAGCAAGAGCGCUGCCCUCCUACAUAAGGAGCUGAACUGCAAGAGUAAGAGAGCUGUCCGGGACUACCUAUUCCGCGUAAAUGAAGCCACAGCUGUCCUGUAUGCCCGCCACGUGCUUGCCUCCCUGCUCGCAGAGUGGCCCAGGAAUGUGCCAGUGAGUGAGGACAUCCUGGAGCUAAGUGGCCCUGCCCAUAUGACCUACAUCUUGGAUAUGUUCAUGCAGCUGGAAGAAAAGCACCAAUGGGAAAAGAUUCUGCAGAAGGUGCUCCAGGGCUGCCGAGAGAACAUGCUGGGGACCAUGGCCUUGGCUGCCUGCCAAUUCAUGGAGGAGCCAGGAAUGGAAGUUCAAGUGAGGGAAUCCAAGCACCCUUAUAACAACAAUACCAGCUUUGAGGACAAAGUCCACAUUCCUGGUGCAAUCUACCUCUCAAUCAAAUUUGAUUCUCAGUGCAACACUGAGGAAGGCUGUGAUGAAUUAGCCAUGUCUAGCAGUAGUGACUUCCAGCAGGAUCGACACAACUUCAGUGGAUCUCAACAGAAGUGGAAAGAUUUUGAGCUUCCAGGCGAUACUCUGUAUUACCGAUUUACCUCUGACAUGAGCAACACUGAAUGGGGCUACAAAUUCACUGUGACAGCUGGACACCUGGGGCGGUUCCAGACAGGGUUCGAGAUUUUGAAGCAGAUGUUAUCAGAAGAAAGGGUUGUGCCUCACCUCCCAUUGGCCAAAAUUUGGGAAUGGCUGGUGGGCGUGGCUUGUCGCCAGACCGGUCAUCAGCGACUAAAAGCCAUCCACUUACUUCUGAGAAUCGUGCAAUGCUGCACUCACAGUGACCUCUGUGACCUGGCACUGUUGAAGCCACUGUGGCAACUCUUUACCCACAUGGAGUACAGCCUAUUUGAGGACGUGACACAACCUGGCAUUCUCCUCCCACUGCACCGUGCCCUCACCGAGCUCUUCUUCGUCACUGAGAACCGCGCCCAGGAGCUCGGCUUGCUGCAGGAGUACCUGUUGGCCUUGACUACUGAUGACCACCUUCUCCGCUGUGCAGCACAGGCUCUGCAGAACAUUGCUGCCAUCAGCCUGGCCAUCAACUACUCAAAUAAGGCCACCCACCUCUGGAAUGUUCAGUGUUAGCCUCCCUGUGAUGUGCAUGAGCUGGUUAAUCUGUCCACAGGGGUUAAGAACAGACCUCCAGCCUCAUUCAAGAAAAUUGUGUGGCUUCAGUGCCCAGCUCUAUUUGAGCUCACUCCCAUUCCCAUCCAGAUGGGAAUGCAUCUCCAAGAACUCCCCAUGCACAGGCUUGACAUGUGCAGACCACCACAAGUGAGAGAAAGCAAGGCAGUGCAGAAUGACUCAAAAAGGGCCAGCGGGAGGCCCUUGGGAAGAGUGCCCAGCUUCCUGCAAGGCCGCCCCUGGGAGCCAUGGAGCAGAAGACCUGAAAGCAGCCUCGUUGGCAGGUUUCCGCCUCCCCUGGGUGGAACUCCCCACACAUGCUGUCAGAGGACAGGCACUGGGGAAGGCAUCAUCCACCCAGAGCCUCCCUGGUUGGUAAUGCCUUUGCUUUUGCUUCUUGGUACUAGGAAAUCCGACCCAAACCACAACCGACGCAAGUCCCUCCUAGCCACCAUCGAUUCCCAAGCAUUCUGCACAGCACAGGUGUCCACUAGCUCCCCAAGCACCCACCCAUCCCAGAGAACUCCCCAUCAAGAGCAAGUGCCCUUGGGAAGCCAGCGGCCACCCUGGACAUCCAUCCACAUGGCGGCUCCCAGCAUGGCUGCAUUUUUUUUCAGCUUUAAUGUGUUUUGGUUUCCACCUCUUGUUUUUAGAAGGGAAGCCCAUGGGCUCCCUGGAUGGCUACUCCAAUGUCUGUACCUUCAGACCAGUAGCUCUCAGAGGAGGUCUUACUUUAGCAGUGAAAACCCACCUGUUUUUAUUUCUGCUCAAAGGUCAUGGUGAUCCAUGACACCCGUCACUUUGGGCUUUUGAGUAACUGUAUGGCUGUCACCUGUCUAGCAAUAGCUACAUUAGUUCUAGUGAGUGCUGUUUUAUGUUUUUCUCUGUGAUUUUAGCCUCUCCCUGAAGUACUGAUGAUUGUGUGUUAGUGUGUGAAGCUGGGUUAACUUUCAGGCUGAGGAUCAGCUGAGUGGAACUUGUGGGAAUGCAGGUGCCUGAGGUGCUGCUAUUUAAGAGCAAGUGUCUGGGCAGAAGCACCUCACAGGGCCAAACCCAAGGAGGGGUCAUUACAGCCAGGGCCCAAUUCGGCCAGUCGACAUUGCCAUGGUCAGUGUGCCCCUUCGCCUCUGAAGAAUCCCUGGAGUGUGCAGGGGUCUGGAUUGGUGAACCUGAGUCUGCAGGUCUGAGAGCAUCUUCCUGCAUGGUCACUGAGCCUUCUGGCCCAGGCGAGCAUAAAGCAACCUGCAUAGCCCUAGAGUGAAAUUCUUAGCCAAGCCCGUGGGUGCAGGAGAAAUGGCCACAGAGUGAGUUGAGGUGGAGAAAGGAGAAAGGAACAAGUAGGAUGGUGACCUAUAGCCCAGCACACUGACAUCAAGGAGUAGUGAUGAGGCAAAUGCUGCUGGCUGAGAGGAAACCCCCUUCCCUUUUGCCAAACCACUCUUGCUUUGCCAGCUGCCUGCACCUCAGAGAAGGUCCGGGUUCUGGACCACUCUGAGACUAGUAGGUCUCAGGCAUUUCCUGAGAGGGGAUCAGACAGUCUCAGUGCUUGGGGAAGGGACCUCACCAUGGGCUCAGACUCUGUGACAGAUGGCUGGAAGAUAGAUGAGAUGGCACCCCUCAUACCCCUCCAUACCUCUGACAGACUAAGUAAAGGGGGCAAAUGGACAGCAGGGCCAGGAUCUUCCCUCAGUGCAGAGACCACCAGCUCAACUCCCACCUCUUAUCAAGAAGAGGAGUUGGAAUGCUGUUUCCCUCAUAGCUUGUCUCUGUUCGCCACCCUUACUGUUUUGGUGUUUCUGUACUUCAGUUUGCAUAAAACAAGCCUGAGUUUUCCCUUCGCACUCCACUGAUGCUCUCUGGCAGUAGCCCACUGCUGCCUCUGCCUUUGACCACUGGGUGGCGCUGCCAAGCCAGAUCCCACCACCAGGGCAGUGGGAUCCCAAAGCAUUAUCAUCAAGGCCAGGAUCCCCUGGAUCCUUCUUAGGCAAGACUGCCUGGAAUGAAACAAAACUGGCAGGAGUACUAUGUUGUGGAAACAUGUGCCUAAUCAUAAGAAAUUCUGUUCCCAAUCAUAUGCACUGUACAGACACUGCUCCCAAUGAGAGCAGCGACUUAUUUUCAUCAUCGUUCUUAAUUUGUUUUCUUACAGGUUUACGAUUUUCAAUUUUUCUUAUUUAGUUGAAAGAAUUUUGAUUAUAUCAGCAUUCAGCCUGUAAAAAGGAUGUUAAGUUGUGGAUAAAAUAUGCAAAUGAAGAAAUAUAUUGUACAAAUUCUAUAUAAAAAAUGUACAACUGUGUGUGGACUUUUUUUCCAUUCUCCUUCCCUUCCAUUUCUCUUGUAAAGGCACUCGAACUCAUGAUCCUCCUGUCUCAUCCUCUUCACCUCGUUGAUUACUGGCAUGUGCCUCCACAAACAGCUACCAAGCCCACCUGAUGGCAUGUAUACAGUCUUGAAGUCUGGGGUUGACAAGAAUUGGAAAGACCCUCAGGCCCCAUCCUGUGAGCAUUGAAGGCACCUUCCCUCCUUAGGCAGUCUGGGAGUGCAUCUUGGUCUCUCCCUUUUGCAUAGCACUCCCGAGGCUUGCACACCCAAAUGGUGUACCCUGAAUAUACUCCUCUCCACCAGAUACUCCAGGUCCCACAUGGUGUCCCUGAUAAGACACUGGUGGAGAGGAAGAAGGCAGGGCCAGAUCAUAGGGCCUGCUGCUCUCUUACCAGCCUCUGGACCCUGCUUCUGACUAAACUAGGGCUGAUGUUUGCUGGCCCCCCAGUCUCACACUUCCUUGCAUCUCCAGUUCAUCUCAUUAGCACAAUACCCCUCUGAGACACUUUCUUGGGGCCAAAGUCUGUCUUGCAAGUUGGAAAAGAGAAACUUCUUGGUAGAGGCUUGGCUUAACUAGGCUUUUAUGCCCAUUUGUCCAGCCUGACAGAGUCUGACAUGUGC